AUGGCAGUAGUGGAUACGGAGGAAAUGCCUAUGGUGUCGGAGGUGGUGGAGGAAAAAGAGAUCAUGAUAGACGAAGUUACGGAAUUGGAGGUUAUGGUGGUGGAUACAGUGGAAAAGGCGGUUACAUCUGUCUUGGUCAUGGUGGAGGAGAUUACGAAAGUGGAGGCUAUGGUUAUGGAGGAGGUUAUGGUGGUGGAGGCGGUGGAAAAGGAGUUUACAGCAGUGGAGGUUACGGAAGGGGGUGGAUAUAGUGGUGGGAGAGGUUACGAUGGUGUAUGUGGUGUAAAAGGAGGAUAUGGUAGUGGGAGCGGAAGUUACGGUGGUGGAAACGGUGGAAAAGGAGGUUAUGGCAUUGGAAGUUAUGGUGGAGGAGGCUACGUCAGAGGAGGUUAUGGUGGUGGUGGAAAAGGAGGAUACGGUGAAGGAGGCUAUGGCAUUGGACAAUAUGGUGGUGGAAGUCGAAGAAGUGGCGGUCAUGGUGGAAGGGGUUAUGGAAGUGAUGGAUACUAUUAA